AUGGGUCAGCGGACGAGACUAACCCAGAGCCCUUUUCCGCAUUCUCCUUUAGGGCAAUCUCCUACUCGCAGAUUGAGGUCAGUGGGACUGAUAAACUUUUGCUGUCCAUCAUCGCGCUUAUCACACAUUGAAGAAACAGAUUGCCGCCAACCAUAUCCGCCAGCACAUUACGCUGGUGGACACAUUAGUGGCAUUUCUCGAGCGCCUGAGAACUAG